UGAAAUCCUGAACGACUCCUACUCGGCUACUCCGACCUCGCGGAAGUCGGUUUGACGCCACCGUUUCUACUCACCCAAGCCGCCACCGCACUUCGCACCCGAAGAAGAACAAACCGCCUCCAAAAAUCUAGGGUUUCCACCCGCGCGCGACGCGAUUCAGGUGUAGCAGCAGCGGCAGAGGGUGAUGGCGGCGGCGGCGCCGGCGGACGCGAAGGCGGAGGCGGCCAAGAUGGACCUCCUCGAGGACGACGACGAGUUCGAGGAGUUUGAGAUCGACCAAGAAUGGGAUGACAAGGAGGAUGGUGAUGAGGCCAUCCAGCAAUGGGAGGAUGAUUGGGAUGAUGACGACGUCAAUGACGACUUCUCGCUUCAGCUGAGGAAGGAGCUGGAGGAAUGCAACACCCAGAAGAUCUGAACUACUUUUUUUUCCCAGUUAUGUUUAGCUGUAGCACCUAUGCUGGGUCAGGCACUUUUGUACCCUUUGUGCCCCAUUGCUUUCUCAACCUGCAAUGUUCCUACUAUACUCCUACUUGUGUGCUGAAACCUGCGAUCAAAUUUAAUUUGUGAAAGGGUUAAAACCAAGUUGGUGGAAAAAAUAUGGUUCUCUAUUGUUGGUAA